AUGCGCCAGUGCCCAAGUGACAGCGGGAACGGAGUGGGGAAGUCCGAGUCGUACGGUAGGGACCCAGAGACUCCGAACUCGGCCCGAGAUCCCUUGAACGCCGACCGCCUUAGAGGCUGCGCUCCUCUGCUAAGUCCCCUCCAGAGCAGAGGCUGAGCUCAACUCCUGCGCCCAGGGCGGUGCUCGCGCGCGGGACGCACUUAGUACCCAUUUCCGAGGCACUGUCUUCAGCGGUACUUUGAAAGCUCCCGCGCACGCCCAGCGCGCUCGCCUGGGGACGACACCGGGGACGAACCGUGCUCCUUCAGGUCUUGUCUUCCGGAGCAUGACCUAGAGGCACCUGUACAUGCGGGUGGCUGCUGCAGCCACAAUAGCCAUCAUGAAUAAUGCGGCUGGCAGUGACGAGCUCGCAGAACUCUUCAGUCUGAUCCCGGGCCUUCUGGAGGCGGCCAACAAGAGUGGCAACGUGUCUCUGCAGCUCCAGGACUUGUGGUGGGAGCUGGGGCUGGAGUUGCCGGACGGCGCGGCGCCCGGGCACCCUCCGGGCAGCGGCGGUGCAGAGAGCUCCGACACCGAAGCCCGGGUGCGGAUCCUCAUCAGCGUGGUGUACUGGGUGGUUUGCGCGCUGGGGCUGACCGGCAACCUGCUGGUGCUCUACCUGAUGAAGAGCAAGCAGGGCUGGCGCAAGUCCUCCAUCAACCUCUUCGUCACCAACCUGGCGCUGACGGACUUCCAGUUCGUGCUCACCUUGCCGUUCUGGGCGGUGGAGAACGCGCUCGACUUCAAGUGGCCCUUCGGUAAGGCCAUGUGUAAGAUUGUGUCCGUCGUGACGUCCAUGAACAUGUACGCCAGCGUCUUCUUCCUCACCUCCAUGAGUGUGGCACGCUACCAUUCGGUGGCCUCUGCUCUUAAAAGCCACCGGACCCGAGGGCACGGCCGGGGCGAUUGCUGCGGCCAGAGCCUGGGGGACAGCUGUUGCUUCUCGGCCAGGGCACUGUGCUUAUUGAUCUGGAUUUCGGCAGCGCUGGCCUCGCUGCCCAAUGCCAUUUUCUCCACCACGAUCAAGGUGAUGGGCGAGGAGCUGUGCCUGGUGCGCUUCCCGGACAAGUUGCUGGGCGGCGACAGGCAGUUCUGGCUGGGCCUCUAUCACUCCCAGAAGGUGCUGCUAGGCUUCGUGCUGCCUCUGGGCAUCAUUAGCCUGUGCUACCUGCUGCUGGUGCGCUUCAUCUCCGACCGCCGCGUGGGGGGGACCGAAGGAGUGGCAGCGGCCGGGGGAGGCCUGACCGGAGCCAGCGCCCGGAGACGAUCCAAGGUCACCAAGUCAGUGACCAUCGUGGUCCUAUCCUUCUUCCUGUGUUGGCUGCCCAACCAGGCGCUCACCACCUGGAGCAUCCUCAUCAAGUUUAACGCGGUGCCCUUCAGCCAGGAGUAUUUUCUGUGCCAGCUGUACGCGUUCCCCUUGAGCGUGUGCCUGGCGCACUCCAACAGCUGCCUCAACCCGGUCCUCUACUGCCUCGUGCGCCGCGAGUUUCGCAAGGCGCUCAAGAGCCUGCUGUGGCGCAUCGCGUCGCCUUCGCUUACCAGCAUGCGCCCUUUCACCGCCACCACCAAGCCGGAGCCCGAGGACCCGGGGGUGAGGGCGCUGGCGCCGUUCCACGCGGCCGCGGAGCCCGACCUGCUGUACUACCCGCCCGGCGUGGUGGUCUACAGUGGGGGGCGCUACGACCCACUGCCCAGCAGCUCCGCCUACUGACGCGGGCGGAGGCCCCGGGCGCGCCGUCGCGGCAAGGUGGUGGUCCCGGGGGUGGGAAGAGAGCCGAUGGGGGAGG